CCCUCGGGUGGCAGCCCCGACGGCGGCUCCCGGCGGCCCUCGCGGGGACAGGUGAGCGGCGCCCGCCCCUCCUCCGACGCCUCCCAGAUGGGCGACAGGAGGCUCCAGAGGCCGUGUCCGGGCUGUGAGAUGCCAUAGGUCUGCAGAGCUGCCGGAUGUGGACCGCAGUGAUGGCCCAGCAGCUUGCCUUAGUUCUCGAUGUCCCUGAGACCCCAGGGGACCAGGACAGCCUGGAGCUCAGCCCCUACGAGGAGAGUGAGGUACACGACUCCUUCCAUCAGCUCAUUCAGGAGCAGAGCCGGUGGGUGGCUGAGGAGGGCCUGGAGCUGCAGCAGGUGGCCGGAGACUUGGGAGCCCCAGCCAGUGGUCACCAGACCCUCCUGGAGCCCGAGGGUGGCCCUGUCUACAGCACGGCCACUCUCAGCAUCCUGGCCAGCAUGCCCAGUCGCACCAUUGGCCGCAGCCGAGGGGCCAUCAUCUCGAAGUACUACAACCACACCGUCCGCCUGCGGCGGCGGCACAGCGGCAGCCGGCCCAUCCUCGGGCCUGUGGUGUGCUCUGCCCGGCCCAGCCUCCGCCUGUACGACCUGGAGCUGGACCCUGCAGACCUGGAGGAAGAGGAGAAGUGGAGCCUCCUGGUGAAGGAGCUCCAGGGCCUGCCAGUGGCCCAGCGGGACCACAUGCUCCGGGGGAUGCCCUUGAGCCUACAGGAGAAGCGCGUCCUGCGAGAGAAGAGCCGGACUCCGAGGGGGAAGCAGAGGGGCCGCCAGGGCCAUGGUGGGGUCUUCUGCUGCAGCCAGCUCCGAUACACCUGUGUCCUGGCCCUACACAGCCUGGGGCUGGUGCUGCUCACCUGCCUGCAUGCCUUGAGGCCUUGGCGCUAUGCCCUGAAGCAAAUCGGAGGCCAGUUUGGCUCCAGCGUGCUCUCCUACUUCCUCUUCCUCAAGACCCUGCUGGCCUUCAACAUGCUGCUACUGCUGCCACUGGUGGCCUUCCUGGUGGCCGUGCAGGCUGCCUUCACACCUGAGGCGCACCCUGCCCCGACCUGCACAGGGCUGGAGCUCCUCACAGGCGGGGGCUGCUUCACCCACACCGUCAUGUACUAUGGAUACUACAGUAACACCACGCUGAACACGCCGUGUGGCCCCCUGCAGUGUGGCCCCAGAGCAGGCAGCCUGCCCUACAGUAUGCCCCUGGCCUACCUCUUCACUGUAGGCGCAGCCUUCUUCAUCACCUGCAUCACCCUGGUGUACAGCAUGUCCCACUCUUUCGGGGAGAGCUACCGGGUGGGCAGCACCAAGGGUAUCCACGCCAUCACUGUCUUUUGCUCCUGGGACUACAAGGUGACCCAGAAUUGGGCCUCCCGCCUCCAGAGGGACAACAUCUGCACCCAGCUGAAGGAGCUGCUGGCUGAGUGGCGGCUGUGCAAGGGUUCCCAGAGCACGUGUGGGCGGCUGCGGCGGGCAGCCGUGCUGGCCCUGGUGUGGCUGCUGUCCCUGGCGGCAGUGCUGGGCUGUGCAGUGGCCGUCCUCACCUUCUCUGAGCUCAGGAUCCAGAGCCCUGUGGUGGCCGACCAGGAGGCAGGGCUGCUGGUGCUGCCCCUGGUCAUCUGCCUCCUCAACCUGGGCGCCCCCUACCUCUUCCGCGGCCUGGCCACCCUGGAGCGGCACGACUCCCCAGUGCUGGAGGUGUACGUGGCGAUCGGCAGGAACCUUGUCCUCAAGACGGCCAUCCUGGGUGUGCUCUGCUACCACUGGCUGGGCCGCAGGGUGGCCACCCUGCAGGGCCGGUGCUGGGAGGACUUUGUGGGCCAGGAGCUGUACCGGUUCAUGGUGAUGGACUUCAUCUUUGCGCUUCUUGACUCCCUUUUUGGGGAGCUGGUAUGGAGGCUCAUCUCGGAGAGGAGACUCAGGGGGAAGCCCGAGUUUGACAUCGCGAGGAAUGUGCUGGACCUCAUUUAUGGGCAGACCCUGACCUGGCUGGGUGUCCUCUUCUCGCCCCUGCUGCCUGCUGUGCAGAUCCUCAGGCUGCUGAUCCUCUUCCAGGUCAAGAAGGCGAGCCUGAUGGCCAACUGCCAGGCACCGCGCAGGCCCUGGCUGGCAUCGCACAUGAGCACCGUCUUCCUCACACUGCUCUGCUUCCCCUCCUUCCUGGGUGCCGCUGUUUUCCUGUGCUAUGCUGUCUGGCAAGUGAAGCCCUCGGACACCUGCGGCCCUUUCCGGAGCCUGGACACCAUGUACGAGGCGGGCACCGUGUGGGUGCGGCACCUGGAGCAGGUGGGCCCUGGGGGCUCGUGGCUGUCCUGGCUGCACCGGUACCUGGUAGAGAACACCUUCUUCCUCUUCCUGGCAUCGGCCCUGCUGCUGGCCGUCAUCUACCUCAACAUCCAGGUGGUGAAAGGCCAGCGGAAGGUCAUCUGCCUCCUCAAGGAGCAGAUCCGAAAUGAAGGGGAGGACAAAAUCUUCUUGAUCAACAGGCUUCACUCUGUCUAUGAGAGGAAGGAGAGGAGGAGCCUGCAGUGGGUGAGGUACAGCUGUCCCGCUGCAUCCGUUCCUUCCCAGCAGAGCCCGGCAGCCAGCUCCUGGCCCUGCCUUUCUGCCUUCAUGGCACCAUCCCUCCCUGAGGUAAAGGCUGGGGGCAGGAGACAGCUGAACUCUGUCCGAGGCCUUGCGUGACCCAGACUGCGGGAGGACGAUCUAACAUCUUCCUGCUGCCUGGCACAGAGAGACAGACUCAGAUGCUGGGGACAAAUGACGGAACAGCAAGAAGCUGUCUAGCUCCCCCGGAACCUCCUGGUGCCACGGCCCUUCAGGCAGAGAUGUGGACCCAAGGCCCCGAGGGACACCAGGACAGUGCAGUGACUUCUUCCCCUUCUGCAGGCUGCAGCUGGGUCAAGAUGGAGCUGGAAAGGUGGGGAAGUGGGCUUGGGUUCUCCCAUGAGUCCUGCCCUGCCCUGCCCUGCCCGGGACUUUUAUUUAUUCCAAUUAAAUGGAUUUUGCAAAA